AUGCGGGUGGCAGGAAUACGGACUCUACUACCCAAGCGAUUAAGGCCCCAAAGCAAACGCCUUCAACGACAAAUUCCCAACGCGCUCCUGUCGACCCCAUCAUCGCGACCAUCUCCGUCAAGUUAUAAUAAUACAACCAAUAGUAACAAUAAUGGUGCGAAAAGAUGGCACUCUGGCGGCGCCGUGGACCCAGUUGAAUGCGCUCUCGUGUCGCCAUUGGGUUCGGACGCGGCAGGGCGCGCCUUGAUGCACGAGCUAGAAUUCGAAGGCAUUAGAACUAGAUUUUGCAAGAUUCAUCCCGCGGGCGUGCCGGUCGCCUUUGUUUUGCGAAGUGAACUAAGCCACGAGGAUUUUAUCGCGUUGCUAGGCCCAAUAUUGGUCCCAGAACACUAUCUAGGAAUUCAAUCAUAUCAUUGGCACCCGCACCCGACUAUUCCGCAUCUACCCCCCGUCCACCCCCUGUACGGACCAGGCCCUGGAGUGCCACCUCUGAUCACUACACCUACUAACUAUCAUCCAUCCGGCCUCCAACCUGGAUCUUCCUCGCCCAACAAUGCGACAGGUCCCAACGCUGCCA